GCUGCCUCCCCAUUCCCAUCACCUCCCUCCCACCACCCCGCGCCAAUGCCUCCCCGUCCCACGCGCCAUGGCCACCGAGACCCCGACCGCCUCCCCCACCGCCCGCACCCUCUCCGCGGCCUUCGCCGACGACCGCCGACGCGAGGCCAGGCGCCGGGCCGUGCCCGCCGGGCUCGUCAAGUUCAUGCUCCACCGCUGGGGCGCCGCCUGCCUCCCCAAGAGCAGGGCCGCCCUCAGCGGCGCCGCCACCCCGCCCCCGCCCCCGCAGACGCAGACCCAGCCGUCGUCCGCGUCGGCGCAGGCGUCGGCACGCCAGCGCCACGCGGACGCGGCGAAUGUCGCUGCGAGGAGGCCUUUGAGGGAGAAAGGGGAAGCCGCCGCCGCCUUCGCGGUCGCCCGAGCGCCGACGCCGACGGGAUCCCAAGACAAACCCGUGACGCCUACCGGCGACGGGAGCGGCUGGAGCGGCGAUACGGCCACCACCGUUGGGAGAGGAGCAAACAUCUGGGUGAGGGUCCCUCGCAAGCGGACGUCGUCGCCGCAGGUGGACUCUCCGCAGCAGCUGUCCGUGGAAUCGACGGCGUCGGCGGCGGAGGACGAGUACGCGUGGGCGGACAGGUACCGGCCCAAUGUGCUCGCGGAAUUCAUCUGCAACAAGGCCGUCGCCGACGAGCUCCACCGGCUGGUGACCGAGCAAGAGUGCAACCAUUUCAUAUUCGAAGGCGGACAGGCAGUCGGGAAGAGAAGCAUGGUGCUGGCACUCCUAAGGGAUGCUUUUGGUCCUGAUAAUCUCCAGGUACAGGAACACUCAAAGAGGAUCGAACUCAAGGGAGAAAUUGCCAGACACGUCGAUGUGAAAGUCAAGAUUUCAGGUCAUCAUGUGGAGGUUAACCUGGCUGAUUUACAUGGCUAUGAAAAUCAUGUCAUAACUACUUUGCUGAAUGAAUCAAUCCUGCCACCAGACUCGAUCUGCGAUCAUACUAACUGCAAAGUGAUUGUGGUCCACGACGCUGACAGGCUUUCCUCCGAUUUUCAACAUUAUAUCGGUUGGUUUCUGGGAAGGUAUGCAGGUUGCAACAAAAUCAUCUUCUGCUGCUCUGAUUCUUCAAACCUUGAGGCUGUGAAACAUCUAUGCAAGGUUGUCACACUUCAGCCACCUUCAUUUGAGGAGAUGAUCAAGGUUCUGGAGUUCAUUGCUAUGAAAGAAGGCAUAGAUUUGCCUCGUGGAAUUGCCAGCAGAAUCACAGUGAGCGCGAGUAACAAUCUCCGACAGGCAAUACGUUCUUUUGAAGCUACAUGGAAAGCAAACUAUCCGUUCGUAGAAGAUCAACCUAUUCUGACGGGAUGGGAGGAAGAAAUAUAUAAUGUGGCCAAGAAAAUCAUGGAGGAGCCAAGUCCAAAGCAGUAUGCUACCCUUCCACCGUGUUGUUCUGCAGCUGUAUCUCAUUCGGGGGAAGUUUCAGAAAGAACAAGUCAAAGAAUACAGAUCUCGGGACACAACUUUGGACAUCAGUAUAGAACAUUUUGCCGUGGAAGGCCGUGACCAAGGGGAAGCCAUCCAAUACUUCAUAAAGAUUGAAGAAUUCACGGUGAGGUUCAUGAGCUUCUACAGAUCCUGGCAGAAUUCACCGCAAGGUUCAUGAGCUUCAACAUAUGUUUCAUAGAGAAUAACUCGAGUAAAGGGUGUGUUCCAUGAAGGGGGUGAUCCACUCUCUCCAUCGAAAUCAUCUCCAAGUAUUGUCGCACUUCCGAUAAAUAAGCAGUGGCCUCUGCCUGCCUCUGAAUCAGAGCAUUUUAUAUGUUGCUUCGCCUUUGCAUGUAAGAUGAAGACAUACCCGUGUUAUCUGUGUUGUCUGUGCGAAUGUAUAACCACGCACAGAACUUAGCAUAUGUAUGGAGUGGAUUGUGAUGGGCUCCAAAUUGUAAAAAUAUCAACUUCAUAUUUGAUAGUAUAUCAAUAUUAUCAUAUUAGUCG